GUUGGCGCUGGUCCAGCAGGCCUCGUCCUUGCCCUCACUCUCCGACAGAAUGGGGUGCAAGUACGCAUUAUCGAUAAGGAAACGCAAUUCAGACCAGGACAGCGGGGUACAGGUCUGCAACCACGGACGUUGGAGGUUUUCAAUUUCCUUGGUGUUCUCCCGGAUUUCCAUGCCAUUGGACUCCGUCAGGUACCGAGACGCUCAUAUAAGCUACCGGGGGGCACUGAGCCCUUGAUGACGGCGUACAUGGCCCCUCCUCAAGAGCCCACGCCCACAACACCACUUCCCAAUGGCCUGCACCUCGGGCAGGACCAUACAGAAGAGAUACUGCGCAAGCAUUUGGGCAAAUAUGACAGCCACGUCGAAUUGGGUACAGAGCUGGCCAGCUUUGAGCAGCAUCCUGACCACGUCGUCGCGCACCUCACCAAGAAACCGGAGGGUGGAGAGGAGGAGCAGGAAACAAUUGUGUGCUGCUGGCUUGUCGGCACGGAUGGCGCGAGAGGCGUCGUGCGCAAGCAACUCGGCCUGCGCUUCAUCGGCGAGACACGAGAGGAGCAGCACAUUGUCGUAGGGGAGGUCGAAGUCGGCGGGCUUGAUCGCAACCACUGGCACUGCUGGGGCGACGCAUCGACGAAGCUCCUAAUGCUACGCCCGACCGAGAACCCUGGCACAUUCUACAUGCUCGCAGGAGGUCAGAUUAACCACAAGAAGGUGGUUGCGGACCGCGGGGAGCUAGUAAAGUUCAUCUACGAUGCGACGGAUCGAAGGGAUCUGCGGAUCGGGCAGGUUCCGUGGAUCUCGGAGCCAAACAUACGGAUGGUGGAUAAGUUCGGCAAUGGGAGGGUCUUCGUUGCUGGAGAUGCCGCUCAUAUCCAUAGCCCUACCGGCGGGCAGGGCUUGAAUUCCAGCGUACAAGACUCGUUCAACCUUGGCUGGAAGCUCGCCUCAGUCGCAAAAGGCCGCUCCUCGCCAGCUCUACUCGACACCUACACCGAGGAGCGCCUGCCCGUCAUCGCAAGCAUGCUGGAGAAGACGACCGAACUCCUCGACCGCAUGAAUGCCGCGAAGCACGACCACCCCGCUGAUGUUGAUGCAGCCUGGCGGCGCGGCGGCGCGCUCACACAGCUCGGCGUGCACUAUCGGUGGAGCUCGAUCGUGCGCGACGAGCGGACGCCUCCGCCAAAGCAGCCGCAAGAUACGUAUGGUGGUGCGGCCGGGGAGGGGCUGCGCGCGGGCGACCGUGCCCCGGACGCACCAGGCCUGAAGAUUGUCUCCUUACGCGCGUCAGACGUCAUUGGCGGUAGCUAUGCGGCGGGGGACGUCACGUCGGUCUUCCGCAUCAUCCGCCCAACGUAUCACAUCGUCUUUAUCUUCACGAAGGACGCUGACUGGGCGCAGUCUGCGGUUAAUGCGCUGCACGAGGUACCUCCGGAGGCAGUACGCCCGGUCGUAGUCCUCCCCAAGGAUGUGUCUACCCACUCCGACGUUCCCGGCGUGGAUAUCGUGGUUGUCGACGCCGAGGGACAUGCGUACGCAGGGUACGGCGCAUCGGCGGAGCAGCCGCUGAUCGUCACGAUUAGACCGGACGGUGUUGUCGGCGCCAUUGUGUUUGAGGUGGAUGGGCUGCGCAAGUAUUUUAGCAAGGUCUUUGCAGUAUGA